UCAACAGCUGAAUGUCAAAUCAUUUACAAUCACAGAUUAGUUCAUUUUAAAGUCAGGGUUCCUCCUGCUCUCAGACCAUUUGCAGUAAGACAGCUGGUCUGAAUAUUUUUUAUCUUUUGGAUUCUGCUCAGUAAAAUUUGGUCAUCAUGGUGAACAAAGGACGUGAACCCCUGCAAAUGAAGCGGGCUAUUGGACUGGUUGGAGGUGUAGCACUAGUUUCUGGAACCAUGAUCGGGUCUGGUAUAUUCAUGUCCCCUCAGUUUGUUCUCUCCUAUGUGGGAAGCCCUGGCGCCAGUCUGGUGAUCUGGGCUGUCGCAGGAGUUGUGGCAAUGCUUGCAGCCCUUUCCUACGUCGAGCUGGGGACCAUCAUUCCUGAAUCCGGCGGAGAAUUCAUCUACAUACUGAGGAUCUAUGGCUCAUGCCCUGCUUUCUUUGCAGCAGUCACUUUUAUCCUGGUUGUGAAGCCUUUCGGCGCUGCUGCGAUGGGAAUCAGCAUUGCAGAAUAUGCCAUGGCACCUUUUUACCCUGGCUGCCAGCCUCCUCAGCUGGCUGUGAAGUGCACUGCGGCUGUCGCCAUCCUGAUCGUUGCCACAGUCAACAUCCUGAAUGUCCGCCUAGCUGUCAGAGUCCAAGUGGUCUUCUUAGUGGCCCAAGUUGUAGCUUUAACAGUCAUUGUUAUUGGUGGGCUGGUGGAGAUCAUUCAAGGAAACAAUGUGAUUGUGGAAAACUUGAAAGUUGAGAAUUCCUUUAAAGGGACUCACUAUUCUGCAAGUGGUUUGGGAAUGGCGUUUUUUCAAGGACUCUGGGCUUACGGUGGCUGGUUCAAUUUGAAUUGUGUCACCGAGGAGCUUAAAAGACCAGAGGUGAAUCUUCCCAGAGCUCUGUUAAUAGCCAUUUCUCUGGUGACUGGCUUGUAUCUGCUGGUGAAUGUGAGCUAUCUGACAGUAAUGACACCUAACGAGCUCAUGUCCUCCAGCGCUGUAGCAGUUACCUGGGGGAAUAAGGUGUUAGGCAGCUGGGGAUGGAUCAUGUCGGUGGCUGCAGCCUUGUCUGCUUUUGGUUCCUUAAAUGGGAUGUUCUUUAGCGGGGGUCGUGUGUGCUUUGUUGCUGCCAGGGAAGGCCACAUGCCUGACAUUCUGUCCAUGGCCCACGUCCACCGGCUGACGCCAUCUCCAGCGCUGAUCUUCAUCACGCUGGUCUCUUUGGUGGUGCUGAUCCCCGGAGACUUUCAAAGUAUUGUCAACUACUUAAGUUUCACAGCUUGGUUUUUCUACGGCAUCACCCUGUCUGGGCUCAUUUACCUCAAAAUCAAGAAGCCAGAGCUCCCCAGACCAUACAGCGUUCCCAUAGUCCUCCCCAUACUUGUCCUUCUUGUGGCUAUUUUUCUUGUGCUGGCACCCAUCAUAGAUGAUCCCCAGAUUGAAUAUCUUUAUGUGGCUUUAUUUAUUUUAAGUGGGGCUAUAAUCUACGUACCAUUCAUCCAUUUCAAGCUUUGCCCGGGACUGUUGACCAAGGUGACGGUGUUCCUGCAGCUGUUCUUAGAAGUCGCCCCAGCAGACAAAAACCUGUGACACACAGGUUUGUAAGACCUUCAAAGGGGUGCAGGUACACAUCAUCUGCUGGAAAACACUCCUAAAACCAUCACAAAUAUAUUGCACCUAUGCAUUUUUAAGAAGCUUUUUAAUCUAAUUCAAAUCAGAGAAUAUGUAUAAAAAUGACUUUAUUUUGAAUUACAUUUUUUAAUGUAAGAUUUUUCUAGUUGUGGACUUUUGUUUUAAAUGAAUUAUAAAUAAAAACUCCAGCUCUAUUUUGUAAAUAUAGAAUAUAUUUCUUCUUGAAGGACAACUAGAAUCUAUAAUUCUGAAGUACUGGACAAAUACAGUAGGAAGAAAAAUGUCACAAUACUACAUCCUCUACAUUAAAAUGCAUCUUUUCCAGAUGCAUUUUAAUGUUACUUUAAUCAAAUUAGCAACUCAUCAGAUUGCUAACAUCAGCUUAUUUGUCUGUGUGAUGGUCCCAGCAGGUUUGUUGUGUUGCAUUAAUUCCAGCAAAGUUAGAAGUUUAUUUUUGUUAGUUUAGAUUUGGGAUUUCAAAUUGUCCUCUGCAAACAUUUCCUGCAAAGUGGGGUUGCUGGUUUAGCACCAUUCAAAUAGUGUGAUAUUCUUGACUCUUUUGUUCCAAUAGUCCACUUCUGGUCCCCCAACACCUGAGGAGGACUUUGUUUUUCCAGCUAGAUUAAUUUGAAACAGAAGUAUCUUGUUUAUUGAGGUUGAGGAGCUUCAACAUACCUGAAUCAAAUUAAAUAGAUCUAACAGGCUAUCAAGUUCAGGCAUGUUGAAGUAUGGAAAACCUGCUGGAUUGUGGCCCUCGCAGGACUGAACGGAGUAACCUUGGCCGAGAUUAUGUCAAAACUUACAAAAAAGAAAGAAAGAAAAAAAAAACACCUGUGACAGACGGGGGACUGAAAACUUAUCAUGGCUGGCCUAUUGUUAGAAGAUUUUGCAUCCUAUGUCCACCACAGCGAGUGCAACUUCAAGCAGAGCAUUGAUGUGCUUAGUGAGAGCACAGAGUGGCUUCCAUGUCCCAAAAAAGAUCCUGCUGGAUGUAUGUAGUGUUUCGCAUAUCCAAGUUGGUUUUUGUUACUGAUGUGGGAUGGCAGACAAACUUAGCACUUCUCAGUCAUCACCGAGUUGGAUUAUGCCAUCUUUGUUGAUUCCUUU